GUCAGCAGCGAAUUUGACAAGAUCCAGUUCAACGAGAGCCAGCCGCUGACAAUGUGGAGUAUCCCUUGGCCGACGCUGCGGCACCCGCUCCAGUUAGACAUGGCCGACAUCACGUGGGACAUGGUGGACAACUUCUUCGAGGAGAUCGUCUUCAUGAUGUCCGCGAGAGACUACAGAACGCUCGUUGAAAAGGCGCAUCGCAGAUUCCAUCCCGACAAGUGGAGGUCACGGAGA